AGGUAAAGGUGUGUUGUCCGGCAGUUUGAAGGAGACCAACGCAAGGACAGUUCACUCCGGCUUCACGGGCGAAGAUGGAGUGACUGCAGGAGACAUUGAAACCAUCAACUUUAAGAGCUGAGCCUGAAGCUGAAUCUGGAUGUAUUGAUUGAUAAUCACAUCGAGGUUGAUUACUGAAGGGGCUUUUUUUUUGGGAGGGGUGUGUGUGUUCACAAUGGAUGUAACCACCGCGCGAGUUGUACUCAUCAUCUUCGCGUUUUCAAGUCUCCUGCAUGGCUCCGGGGGGGAAAUCCCACCCAAACCAACCGGGGGGGUCACGCUCGUGCCGCCGGUUCUCCCCGAUGACGGCCCGCAGGCCUUUCCCGACGCGGAGAAGGCGAAUAUGCCGGUGUUUACAAUGGAUUACCCGAGAAUACAGAUCCCAUUCGAGAUCACCAUGUGGGUGCUGCUGGCUUCAUUCGCAAAAAUCGGUUUCCAUGUGUACAAAAAGAUCACCGUCUGGGUGCCGGAGUCCUGCCUUCUGAUCACCAUCGGUCUGAUCGUAGGUGGCAUCAUGCACUCCGUCCACGAGGAGCCGCCUGCUGUGCUCACCAGCAAUGUCUUCUUCCUCUACAUGCUGCCCCCCAUUGUCCUGGACUCGGGCUACUUCAUGCCCACCAGGCCUUUCUUCGAGAACAUCGGCACGGUGCUGUGGUUUGCAGUGGUGGGCACGCUGUGGAACAGCAUCGGCAUCGGCAUGUCUCUGUUCGCCAUAUGCCAGAUCGAGGCGUUCGGCGUGCAGGACAUCAACCUCCAGGAGAACCUGCUGUUCGCCACCAUCAUCUCGGCCGUGGACCCCGUGGCCGUGCUGAGCGUGUUCGAGGACGUGUCCGUGAACGAGCAGCUCUACAUCGUGGUGUUUGGGGAAUGCCUCUUCAACGACGCCGUCACUGUGGUGUUGUACAACAUGUUCAAUUUUGUGGCGGAGAUGCCGGUGGUGGAGCCGGUGGAUGUUUUCCUCGGCGUGGCGCGGUUCUUCGUGGUCGGGCUCGGCGGGAUGGGCUUCGGCAUCCUGUUCGGCUUCACGGCCGCCUUCACCACCAGAUUCACCUCCAAGGUCCGAGAAAUCGAGCCGCUUUUCAUCUUCAUGUACAGCUACCUGGCCUACCUGGUGGCCGAGCUCUUCGCCAUCUCAUCCAUCAUGGCCAUCGUGACCUGCGCUCUCACCAUGAAGUACUACGUGGAAGAAAACGUGUCCCAGCGGUCCUGCACGACCAUCCGCCACGUGGUCAAGAUGCUCGGCUGCAUCUCCGAGACCCUCAUCUUCUUCUUUCUGGGGGUCGUCACCAUAACGACGGCACACGAGUGGAACUGGGGCUACAUCCUGUUCACAUUGCUGUUCGCCUUUGUGUGGAGGGGUCUGGGCGUCUUGGUGCUGACCCAGAUCAUUAACCCUUUCCGCACCAUCCCAUUUAACAUGAAAGAUCAAUUUGGUCUGGCCUACGGUGGCCUCCGAGGUGCAAUUUCAUUCGCCUUGGUCUUCACCCUUCCCGACAGCAUCGGGCGCAAGCAGCUCUUCAUCACAGCCACCAUUGCGGUCAUCCUCUUCACCGUCUUUCUCCAGGGCAUCAGUAUCCGACCUCUGAUUGAGUUCAUCAACGUCCGCCGAACCAACCGCAAUCUCGACACCAUCAAUGUGGAGGUCCACUGCCGGCUCAUGGAGCACACCAUGGCUGGCAUCGAGGACCUCUGUGGGCAGUGGAGCCACUUCUACUGGAAGGACAAGUUCAUGAAGUUCAACAAUCGGAUCCUGCGGAAGAUCCUGAUCCGAGACAACCGGGCCGAGUCCAGCAUCGUGGCGCUGUACAAGAAGCUGGAGCUGCAGAACGCCAUGGAGAUCCUGGACACCGUGUCCGGAGACAUCAGCGCCGCUCCGUCCAUCGAGUCUCUCUAUGAGGACAAGAAAAGCUCUAAACCCAAGAAGAAGUUCCUGGCUCCCGACCUGAAGAACAUGCACGACAUCCUGUCCAAGAACAUGUACAAGAUCAGGCAGCGGACGGUGGCAUACACAAAUAAGCAUGCACUGCCCAACGAAAGCCAAUCCAGAGAGAUAUUGAUAAGACGCCACGCCAGCAUCCGCCGCAGCCUCCGACCGGGCAGCUUCCAGUCAUCGGCGACACCCAAAUCCCACAAAUACUUCUCUCUACCUGCUGGGAAAAGUCUGGACUCCAAAUUCCCCCCUGCGAAGCAAAGCUAUACAGACGAUCAGGAAACGAUGUCGGAGACGGCCUACCCCUCCAGACGCUCCCGGUUCGGCCAGCCCUCACGCUCCUCCUCCAGAGCCAUGAUGCCUCUCCGCAGGCUGGACACCCUAACAGAGGUGCACUCUGUCGACAUGGUGGACGAGAGCUCGGGGUCGGGGGGCGGCACGUCCAGGACAAACGCCGGCGAUCCCCACACUCCUGUUCCCACGAAGGUGUCUCGGCCGAUGACCCCAGAAACGGGCAUCGCGAAGCGGAAGAGGAGGAGCGGCCUUCGCCCGCACCUCCUCCAAGCUGGGCCGUGGAACCCCGAGACCACGCAGCACGGAACCCUCUGCUCAGGCGGCCUCAGUGGAACCCGAAGGUGUGAAAGUGUCCCGGGGCUUUUUGAGAGAACACUCCAGGGUCUCUACAACACUACGACGUGUUCAUACCACCCAAAGACCAGAUGAAGGAUCACUGGAGGUCCAUUAAUUUCCCCCAAAGUGGACGGUAGUGCCUUGAAGUCGGAGGCGU